ACUUCUGGUCCCACACCGCCUCCAUGCGUCCACUUCACAUGAACCCGCACACCGGGGCCGGCGCUACGUCAUCAAACUGCGACACAUUGGAAGAACCAGCGCCACAUUUUUGGUUGCGCCAAUUUAUUUUGGCAUUUUGCAGCAUUACCGCUUAAGCCACAACCAAAACAAGUCUGGUGGGACAACAUAAGUGCACUAUGAGUUUAUUUGGGACGAGCUCCGGGUUUGGAACAGGAGGGACUGGUGUCUUUGGGAGCACAACAACAGACAGCCAUAAUCCCAUGAAGACUGUCCAACAGGAUGUUGAAGUGACUUCCCCUCCAGAUGACAGUAUCAGCUGUCUGGCUUUUAGUCCGCCCACCAUGCCAGGGAACUUCCUCAUUGGAGGAUCCUGGGCCAAUGAUGUCAGGUGCUGGGAGGUGCAAGACAAUGGCCAGACAGUUCCCAAAGCCCAACAGAUGCACACAGGCCCAGUGCUGGACGCAUGCUGGAGUGAUGAUGGUAGUAAAGUGUUCACUGCUUCCUGUGACAAGACAGCCAAGAUGUGGGAUCUCAACAGCAAUCAAGCCAUGCAGAUAGCACAGCAUGAUGGUCCAAUCAAAGCAAUCCACUGGAUAAAAGCCCCUAACUACAGCUGUAUCAUGACUGGCAGCUGGGACAAAACACUGAAGUUCUGGGACACCCGUUCCCCCAAUCCCAUGAUGUCUUUGCAGAUGCCAGAGAGAUGCUACUGUGCAGAUGUUGUUUACCCCAUGGCAGUGGUUGCUACAGCUGAGAGAGGACUGAUAGUGUACCAGCUGGAGAACCAGCCCUCGGAAUUUCGCAGAAUAGAAUCUCCUCUUAAACACCAGCACCGCUGUGUUGCCAUAUUCAAGGACAAGCAGAACAAGCCCACAGGCUUUGCUCUGGGAAGCAUUGAGGGUCGAGUAGCCAUCCACUACAUCAACCCUCCAAACCCAGCCAAAGACAACUUCACCUUCAAGUGCCACAGGUCCAAUGGAACCAACACAACCACACCGCAGGACAUCUACGCUGUCAAUGCUAUCUCCUUCCAUCCUGUUCAUGGCACACUGGCUACUGUAGGCUCAGACGGCCGCUUCAGCUUCUGGGACAAAGACGCCCGCACCAAGUUGAAGACGUCUGAGCAGCUUGACCAGCCCAUUACAGCUUGCUGCUUUAACCAUAAUGGCAACAUCUUUGCAUAUGCUUCCAGUUACGACUGGUCGAAGGGCCAUGAGUAUUACAACCCCCAGAAAAAGAACUACAUCUUUCUGAGGAAUGCUGCAGAGGAACUGAAGCCUCGGAACAAGAAAUGAUUCGUCGUGCCAUGUCGCAUCUCUUGUGAAGAAAUGCGGAAGACCUGCUGCUUUAGUGUGUGUAUACGCUCGAGACAGACUCCUUCCUUUCGGCAAACACCUGGACCACUGCUGUGGUGCUGCGUGUACUGUGCAUGGACCAAUCAGAGAGGCCUACCCAACCUGCCGUUGAUGACAGCUACGUGACAAUUGGCCACAGAGGUUUAUCAUAGAAGGGGGAGGGCUCUAUUCGUCAUUCAUCUUGAUCUUUAUUACUUUUUUUACGUGUUCAGCUGUUCAUUAUUUUUUUUUAUUUUUUUUUUACAGUUUUCCAAAGACUCUUCAUUCUCUUGAUUUAAUGUUACUCUGAGGUUUAGCUCCAUUACAUGGAAAUGGGAUGUAAAAUAAAUAACAAAGUGCAUACUCUUAGAUGUGAACAUGCUUAUUCCAACUUGAAGGAGUAAGCAGGUUAAAAAUAACCUAUUGUGUUUGCUGUAUUACUGUUUGUUGGGGAUUUACGGAAAUGUAACGUGCAUGCGAAAACAUGACCACUAUCCUACAUAUUUUAGCUGUAAACCUCUUCGACUGGAUCAACACAAAACAGAAAAUGAAAAACUUUGAACUGCA